UCCCCAGCUGGCGUGGUCAAGGCUGAGGAUUACACCCUGCCGGCGUACGUGGACCGCCGGGACGUGCCCCUGCCCGAGGUGUCCUUCGUCAGGGACCUGUCGGCGCAGCAGCGCGCGCUCAAGGAGAAGGAGAAGGCGUCGUGGAGCGCCCUGUCCGUGGAUGAGAAGGUGGAAUGUAGGUUUGGGGGGCUCGCAGGGACCUCCCGGGCAGCCACAGCACCGUUUCCAUCUGUGGGUGGAGUGGCUCGGGUGGGAAGGGAGCUUGAAGAUCACCUCGUUCCACCAGCCCCUGUCCAGCCUGGCCCUG